AUGUCUAUCAAUGAGCUUGUUCAUUCAUCUGAUACCAACACUGGUACCAUGACAAACACCACCGGUUCAAUUGCCUCUUUAAAUGAUAUUGAAGAUCCAGACGUUAAAUUAGCAGCAGAAGUGUUAGGUGGUAUGGCAAGACUGUCUUCAACAAAUACCAAUACCCGUUCUCUCGGAAUCACUUUACCUCCACUAUCAACACCUUCUACUACACCGAGCUCGCCUCUACCCACACCUACCACAUCUUCUUUAUUACAUCAGCAACACCAACAACGAUUGUCUUUCUCCAGUGAGUCUACUUUAGAUGAUGAGAACAGUCAGUAUUACCAGCAACAACACACUUCACAACAACCCCUUCACCGCCAUAAUAACAGUUUAUUUAUUCAUCGUGUGUCUAAUAUACCUAUUGUUAAUUCUGCACUGAAAGCUUAUGAACAUUCCAAAAGCACAAACAGUGUUAUGAAAUAUGGUGCAGAGAUGAUGGAGUCAUUUGCUGCUCCCAUUUAUGAUAAAUUCGGGAAACAAGCACUAUCAAAUGUCGAUGAAUGGGGUUGUAAACAAUUAGAUAAGCUGGAGCAAAAAUAUCCUAAUUAUGUAAUUCCACAUAGCAAAAGACAAAUGGACGACAAGCCAAAGGGCACCAAACAGAAUGGCAAAGGUUUAAAGAAGGUCAGCAACAAGGCAAUAGCAGACGAUACAGCAGAGCAAGUUGAAAAUGCACCUUUUAGUGAAGAAGAUGAGGACGAUGCUCGAUCUGCUACAUUUGCCUUAUCCCGCGCCAGUCUAACUGAUGACCAUACAGUAGCAGCAGAUACUGCUACAAAUACAAUUGUACGUAAAAGAAAAGACGCACGAGUUCAUCAUCACCAUUCACGAUCCACCUCGCCUCAUAAUAUGAGGAACAGCAACGCCGCUAUAACAAAGCCUAUACCAUCCACUGCAGCCACGACACGAUAUCAUCAUCAUCAUCCAAACAGCAUCGUAAGAAAUAAAUGGCAUCAAAUCGUCUUACAUGCUUCUUCUGCAGCGAGUACAACAGCAGCUGUGAUAAGUGAAGAAAGCAUGAAAUGUUUAAAAUAUUGCUUACAUUGGUUACAAUAUGCCUCGCAACAUAUUGAUCAACAAAUGAAUUUGCUCCAUCAAUUUUUAGAUAACAAAAAACUGCAAAUGGAGCGGGAGAAAGCUGUAGUGGUUGAAGCAGAAGACUCAUCUAUUUUAAGAAAUAUAAAAAAAGAAAUAAUUGAUACCUUACGUAAAGUUGUGGAUGUGAUAAGUAAAUAUGCUGGAGCAGGCUUACCAGAACAAGCCAAGACUGCAGUCAGAGGAUUCAUCUUGGCUCUACCUUCCAGAUGGGCCAAAUUAAACCAGCUUCAGUCUUCGUCAACAGCAUCAACUACUCCCAACUCAACAACUAUUACUACUACAGCAACAAUUGCGUUGAACAACAAUUUACAUGAAACAUCUAUUAAAUUAUUAAACUUUGGAACGGAAGCAAUCGAUAUGAUACAUUCAGUAACACAAGUAUUUUCUGAUACAAUUGACAGAGCUGAGCUAUGGAUUCACCGUUUAAAGGUUGUUGGUGUUACUGCACCUUCAACACGAGUCAAUAGUAGAAAGCAAUCGAGAAAGCCAACAUCAUCUCUUACUGAAAAGCAAGCUACUACCAACAAUGCUGAACCAAUGGAUUUGAGUUAA